AUGACCCGCGGUCUGAUAAUAGUUGUAACUGCGUUUUUAUGUCAACUUCUUGUAUCAAACAGUCAGCAGGACUGUCCAAGCGGUCAGCAGCUACAUGGUUAUCUGCGCCAGGUUCACAAGCUGCUGUCUAAUCACGAGACAGCGUACCUAAAGAGUGUCCGAUCGCUCAAGAGGAAACUAACCCUUCUCCAGAAAGCCCAAUUAAACGCAAGAAACUACAGCCGUAAUAUAACAGCCUGUCCUGAGCCAGAGCCUCUGGCCAAUGGUCGCAUGUUGGGCAGUGUGUUCAGAGUGGGACACGAGGUUCAUUUCCUGUGCAGUCCUGGCUUUGAGCUGCUGGGAUCUGAGACCAGAGUGUGUCUGAAUUCUCUGAGGUGGAGUGGCCAGCAGCCUGCCUGCACGAGAGUGGACACUGGUAUAAACAAUGACGCGUCCCCGCUUGUCACCAUGUCCUCUGUGUCCUUACCUGCCUCCCCUCCUCCACCCGCCUCUGUCUCCACCUUCGUCCGACCGUCUCGCUGCAUCGAGUUCAUGGGUUCCACCCACUGCACCUGUGAGCCAGGCUACUCUGUGUACAGCCAGGAUAAGAGUCUGUGUACAGACAUUGAUGAAUGCGAGGUCUUCCCUUUGACCCAGCCCGGUCGUCUGUGUUUACACUUGUGUGUGAAUACAGCAGGAGGCUUCUACUGCGACUGUCCGAGCGGAUACAACCUCAGCAGAGACGGUCGUAACUGCCAAGAUGUUGAUGAGUGCGCCAACGGCAUGCAUAACUGCACUCAGGAACAGGUGUGUGUCAACACGUUCGGAGGUCAUAACUGCAUCGACAUCGUGUGCCCACCCUUCCGAAAAGCCACAUACAUCAAAACAUCACCCCUGCGAUGUGAGCGGAAUCCAUGUGUGAUGGGGGAUGAAACUUGUCUCCAAGCUCCUCUGUCCGUCACCUACCACUUCAUGUCUGUGGUCUCCAACAUGUCAGCGCCACGCGUGCUGUUCCGGAUCUCUGCCGCCCGCAUUCUGGGUGACACCAUACGCUUCGGACUGCUGAAGAACCGCGGGGCGCAGCAAUUUGCGGUGCAGAAGUCCGGUCGGCAGACGGGUCAGCUGGUGCUGAUGAACCCGGUGCAGGGCCCGGCCACCCUGGAUGCGGAAGUAGAAAUGACCGAACUGGAGCGGAAGGCACAGCUUGGACGCUACAUCACCAAAGUCAGGCUGUUUGUGUCCCCAUACAGUUUCUGA